CGCGAAUAGAGAAAUCCGACUGCACGUCUUGAGAUUUGCAUGACGCUUCUUCAUUGUACGCCAUUGAGACUCUACGCAUUCAGGUUAUGCGAACAAGAUGAGUGUCCCACGCGCGCGAUUACUGCAGCUGAUGAAGGCGCAAUGCGAAGUCUUCUCAACAGCUUAUAAUCCCGAAGGUGUUCGGACGGGCAACAAGAUUCUGCGACAGAGGUUAAGAGGCCCUGCGCUGGCAGCAUACUACCCACGACGUGUUGUCACCCUCCGAGACUUAAGGAAGGAGUUGGGUCAGGAGUUCAUGAUAGAGGAUGAGGCUGAGGAGGAUCGACUAUUGAAGAUUGAGGAGCUCAAGGCUCGUGGGAAGGGUGCCCCGAAGAAGAAGAAGGGUCCAGCAUCGGCAUCAGACGGCCCGAAGAAGAAGAAAUAAAUCAGACCCAACGUGUAUUAUGACCGACUGUAUAAAAGAAGUUUACAGACAACUUGAGAAUUCCACAAACCUAAAAUAGCUACUUACCUGCGUUGAUUUCAUGGGGAUUUUUUGAAAGCCACCGAUCUCCUGUUGGCCACAUCGUUUGACACAUACUGGGCUCGCCUCUAGUUAUACUGGUCGCAAUUUUACUUGACAAGCCAGUCGCGGACAUUGACAUUGCGAUAUUCGGGAUGUGAACCUGGUGUCAAGUCAGGGUGGUCGAUGCUUCAUUGACAUAAGUGGGAUAUUGAGCUACCGGUAGGAUCUGAAAGAGUAUUCGAAAGAAGUUGGAAUAUCGUGUAUCAUCUACUCAGCACCUAGGUACGCUUUGGCAUCAUAUCACAUGCUGACUGCCGAUCAUCGCAGGUCAGAGUUGCAGUCAGCUGCCACACGUACAUAAACAUGUCGAUUAUCGAGCUUACACGCC